AUGACCGGCGUGAAGGAACAAACCACCACCCACUACGCCCAGCACCUCCACGCCGCAGGCUUCACAACCCUCACCUUCGACGCGGCCUACCAAGGCUCUAGCACCGGCAACCCCCGAGGCCUCGAAGACCCCUUCCAGCGCGUCGAGGACAUCAAAUCCGCAGUGACAUAUCUCUCGACCUCUGUUCCGGGGGUGUUGGAGAUGGUGCAGGAGGGAGGAGGAGAAGGAGGAGGAGGGGAUAAUGUGGAUUCGUUUUUCAAAGCAGCGGCGGAGUAUUAUGCAACGGAGAGGGAGAGACAUGAACGGUCGACGCAGAGGGUGCCCCUGCAGAGUUGUGAUCGGAUGGUGGUGUAUGAUUCGUUUGCAUUUAUGAGGUUGAUUGCGCCGAGGCCGGUGUUGAUGAUUGCUGGGGAGGAGGCGGAGACGUUGCAUUAUAGUGAGGAGGCGGUGCGGUUGGCGAGGGAGCCGAAGGAGUUGUUGGUUGUGUCUGGGAUGGGGCAUUUUGAUUUGUAUGAUCGGUUGGAGGUGUCGGGGCCGAAGCUGGUGAGGUUUUUUAGGGAGGCUUUGGCUUGA